GUCACACCACUUCAAUUUAUAAUAGUUUAUAAACUUUUUUUAUUACAAAGAAAUGCAUUUUUCCACGCCGAAAGUGAACUAAGGCGGAGAUUCGGAUUCGGCUGCGGACACGGAUGCGGAUUUGUUGUGGCUAACAUGGAGGACCCAUGCAAGCCGCCGCCACCGCCCCCGCUACCCCCGGCACUUUCUCAGGACGAAGAGUCGCUGCCGAAUGCGAGGGGAGUGCACUUCAAGCUGCAGAGUCUGCAGCCGGAGGAGGAGCUCCUAGGCUCAGUGACCAUGCUAAAUUGCCCGGGAACGCGGGCCAGCGCGCGCGUUAUCCAGAAAAUGAAGCAGGAUCAGACCAGGCCCAUGACGCCGCCGCCCAGCGAGCGGGAGCACAGUAAGAAAGAGGAAAAGGCCGCCCAAAAGACGCCGUCGCAGUUGAAGGCCGGCAAUGGGAAGACCACCUGGACGAAUGUGGAGCGCAACUGCUUCUUUGAUGCCCUCAACGAGUUCGGCAAGGAUUUCGAGGCGGUGGCCAAUUGCAUCAAUGCCAAGCUGAAGCGUCGCAAUGCCAGCAGCGACUACAGCUUCAAAACCAAGGAUCAGGUUCGCCAGCACUACUACCAGACCUAUCACAAGAUCUGCAAGUACGUGCGCUAUUCGGAAGAGCUCAAGAAGCCCGCUCAGGAGCUGUACACGUUGAUUAACUACGGCGAGAUGCGACGGAAGCAGCAGUUCCUCACCGAAAAGCACUUCAUGAAGCUGAAGCAGCUGGUUUACCAUGGACAAAUCACCGUUCGCUGCAAGGGCAAGAACAUUCGGAUCAAGACGCCAUCCUGCAAGGCACUCCGACGGCUCAAUCAACUGGAUGAUUCCCUUGAGGAUAUCCGGCUGCCCAGCAAGGUGGAGGUGCUGGUGACGCCCGCUAAUAUGGAGGCCUUCGGCCGGGUGCAGUCCCUGGCCCAGAAUCCGCGCGGCAGGAUCAUUGUCCCGCUGCACAAGAAGCUCAUCAGCUUCAUCAAAACGUUCGAGUACAAAUGGCGCAGUGCCAAUCAGCGUUUGAACGAGGAAAAGUCAAUCUUCUGUCCGCUUCCUGCCCCUGCAGCUGCUGCCACUGAGUCAGAGCCAUCACCGUCACCAGUGGCAGUAUCUGUGCCAGUGCAAGUGCCAGCGCCAGUUGCAUCCCUGGAUCCUUCGCUGUGCUUCCAGCCACGACCUGGUGUGGCCAUACAUCGGCCACUGCUGAGCAUCACCGCCUAUUUGAGCAGUAUCAACAUCUGUCUCUCCGCCUACGAGGAACGUUUGGGCUUCAAGGUUCGCAGCGAGACAUUAGGCAACCUGCCCGGCAUUCCGGUCACGACCAACAAGAGACCCAGGACGGAAAGUGGCUCCGAGAAGCGAUCGCCGGAAUCGAAGAAACCCAAAUCGGGAACCAGUCCAGCGUUGGAGAAAAGCUUGGACGACGUGCCUUUGGAGGGAGGAAAUCACGUGAAGCUCGAAAAUAGCAGUGGCGAUGAAUUGGGUGAGGAGAUACAGGAGUUCCUUGGUGACCUAGAGGCUGCAGCUCAAACUCAAGCCGCAAAUCCAGUGAAUCCACCACAGGCACCAUCGGAAGCGCCAGCUCUUCAGCCCGAUGCAACCGAGGCACCAGCUGACACAGAUCCGUGUGCAUCACGAACCUCUCCGUUGCCGUUGCAAGCUCAGCCGCCUGUCCCUCCGCCAGCUCCUGUCACCCCGGCAUCUGCACCUUUGGGUCGCUCCAAACGAAAGGAAGCCAAAGAAGCGGCAGCCGCUGCCCAAGCUCGAAACUUCAAGCCCCUGCUCAGCGAUGAGAUCCUCAAGAGAAUCCGUAAGGGCUGGACCGUGGCGAAUGCGGCGGAUAUAACCAUUGGCGACCUGUAUGUGGUUUUUGGGCAGGACUCGAAGCUCGAACUGGAGUACUACUGGUGUGAGCUGGAGAAUACGCCGCCAGUUGGCUCCACAGCAGCUUCCUCGAAUUCCAUAACAAACUCGUCUUCCUCGGCAGCCAAUUCCACCUCCGCCACAGUGGCCACCCAAACGGGCAACUCCUCCUCCUCCAGCACCCUGCAAACCACAACCUCGUCCACUGCUGCCGCCAUCACCACCACCAACAACAACAAUAAUCCUCCCAACACCACAAGCAACUCGCUGCCCUACAAUCCCAACGACUGUGAUAGCGUGGAACGCGUCAAGGCCGUCACCACAUCCUCGGUAAGCAACAAGCUGAAGCACUUGCUGCUGGUGGCGAAUCUCAGCGAGCGUGUGCGCAAACGUCAGUGCAACUGCGGCCACACCUGCGACAGGAAGCGCGACCUGAUGACCAAAGCGCAACAGCUGGCCGAUGCGGCAGCCGCCGGCGGAAUCGGAACCAGCGCCGAUGGGGGCAACUUUCGUACUCCAAUGCUGCCGGUGAGGCGGCCGAUAGCCAACAUCAUUGAUCCCGUAAGGCAGCUAUCAGCGCUCACCCGCCAAAAGAUCAGUCGACAGGUGCUCGUGCAGCGUCGGCUUUUGCCCUCCGCUUCCGUUGGCGGUCGUCCGUACGAUCUGCUUAAUGUGCGCCAGCUUCAUAGCGGCCUCUUUGAGCCAAUCGAUAGACUUGGGGACAACAGUUCCAGUGGCAUAAGUUCUGGCUCCAGCUCCUAUUCAGGCCAGAGUGAAGCGAUGUCCUCUGGCCAGGCGGCAGGCAACGAUACACACCGGCAAGGGGACAAGGAGGAGCCACAGGCACUGCAGAUCGACGACGAGGGCAGGACUCAACAGGGUGGCAGUCGAGAUAUGCCUAAUCUGGAUUUUUGUGUGGCAACCAGCACUACUAGUGAUGGCAAAACUUUCACGACUGCUGAAGUUCAGGAUGAGAGCACAACUCAAAACUUCUUCCGUGGCAGCGUAAGUCCGAUGCAUUUGCUGCGAGACUCAACCUCCAAUGCCCGUUGGCUGGAGGAUAAUAUCAAUGACUUCUCGUUAACAUCACUGCUGGGGCACCUGGAUGAGAUUGAUGCCACCAGGGAUAUACUGGAUCCCUCAUCCAGCAUGUCGGUGAUCAGCGAAAGCAGCGUAGACUUUCGGCACAAGUUCCAGGAGAUUGCCGCCCUGCUGCAGCAGCAGGAGAAGGAUUAGCAGCGAUAACUGUGGGAGACCCACAUCCUGAUGUAAGAGAAAGAGAACCCAUGCUCCAUGUGUGCCUCCAAAAUGUUUUUUUUUCAUCCCUAUUUUAUGAAUUUUUUUUUUUUUUUUUGUUUUUAAACUCACAGAUUGCAUCAACCCACAUGUUACAUAUAUAUUUAUGUGAUCCUUGUGAUCUAUUCUCAUAUGUCUCUGCCAAGUAUUAUAGGAAGCACUCACAUUGUCUGAACAUUAUAUAUAUUUAUUUAUACAUUAAUUCUAUGUAUGAAGCGACCGAUUAGGAAAAAAUCGCCAUUUUUGUAUACCCCUGCAGAGGGCAUUAUUUUUUUGGUAGGAAGGCGACAAACAUCUCAGUCAAUUUAGCCAUGUUAGUCUGUUCGAUUCUAUGGUAUCCUUUCCCUGUAUUAGUAGUCGUCAUAUUCCAAGAGGAACAGAGGACUAUAUCCUAUUACAACUGUAUACAUUGCAUGGUGUCAAACUUCAAGGAUAUUCCAACUUCGGCCCCGGAAGUAGCUUCUUUUUUUCUGUUUUCUGUUUCAUACACAGUCCCUCUGCUUGGUUUCUCACUCGCUUACGCUCCCAGACGCGUUCCACACUCCUACAUUUUGAUUUUCCUAGCACGUAAGAUCGGUUCAAAGUAGUUUGUAGGUCAUAAAAAGUAAAAACAAAACACCAACCAGAACUUCCAUGUGUGUAUAGAGAGACUUUUCCGUUAGACCCCCCAAAGUCGAGAAUUGUUUUUACCCCAUUUCCUAAGCAUCCAAAAACUCCUCAUUGUUAACGAUAUAUCUAUAUCUAUAUAUAGUGUAUGAGAAACAGAGGAACAACAUUUAAUUCUAGAGCCUAUGUAUUUUGUAACUCUGUAACACUUGGAACUUGUUAUCAUACUUACCACGAGGAGAAGUCAAAAAUAAAAAG